UCCUUUCCUCUUCACUCUAGUCUAGACACAUUUGGAAUUUCCCCUGAGAUUCUACUGAUAUAACAAGUGUGCUUUGCCUUCCACUUUUCCGCUCCCCAUUUCCUGCGCGCUUGGUGCGUUGAUUAGCGAAGAGAAGCCCAUGCAGACUACAUUCUUUCGAAAUGACACAAUGGUCAUACACUUUGUAGACAAAGUCUGAUAAAAAAUUCUGAACAUAAUGUAAUUCGUUGACAGGUCCCAUGUGAAAUAUACUGUUAUACUGUUAUUUCGUGGGCAAAUCUAGACGAUCACUUUUGGUACAGGCGCCGUCCACAACGCUUUAAUUGUCGUUCCUCAAUUCUAUCACUAGAGAGCGAUCUGACACAUUUUUCAAAUGGCAAAAAAUCUUAAUUGCGUUGAAAUCACUCGCAGUCUCUUGCCCUGCGGACCGCUUGCUUCUUCAGCCGGUAUAUGACUGUGUGCGUCCCCCUAUCACGCGCAAGCAGGUCUGCGGAUCGCGUCCCUUCCUCCCUCUGCGCGCAGGAUGGAACCGAAGAUAACCGAAUCGGACCCUCCAUCAUAUCGCAACGGAAUCACCAAGGUUCUGCAGUACGGGGAAUUCACGACCACGGGCAACCGAAAGGUGAGGUACGCGGUGAGUUUAACGGAGAGGGACCUCACCAUUCAGAAGAUCACGUCAACACCUGCGGGACGGACCAAGGUGGUUUUCAACUUGAGGGACUGUGUCGGCUGCCGGGCUUUCAGCGCAGAUGACAACGCGGACGCGGGAGCGUACUUCUCGGUCUAUUUCUACCCUUUUAAAAGACGAUGGAUGAGCUCUGGGGUGGCCAGGCAACGUGUCGAGCAGUGCUUUCGGGUGGCCCUGUUCCAGGACCCACGCGCCAACCUGGAGGAGGCAGAGAAAUGGGCUGGCACCAUCCGGGAGAGCUCUGUUCGUCAGCAACAUUUGAGAAAUCGUGUGCUUUACAGUGAGGUGCACCGUCCCUGCAGCGUCAUGCUACUGGUGAACCCCCACAGUGGGAAGGGCCAGGCCCUCAGCCUCUUCACCGGACACGUCCAACGCAUGCUUAACGAGGCCGGGGUCCCACACACACUGGUCAUCACGGAGCGGCAGAACCAUGCCAGGGAGUUGGUGAGAGAGGCUGACCUGUCACAGUGGGGUGCUCUAGUCAUCAUGUCCGGGGACGGACUGCUGUUUGAGGUUGUGAAUGGCCUGAUGGAGAGAGAGGACUGGGAGGAGGCCAUCCAGACCCCAUUGGGCAUCCUACCAGGGGGCUCCGGUAACGCCCUGGCUGCCUCUAUACACCACUACUCUGGGGCCCAGCCGGUGUCAAGCGAGGAGCUGCUGAUCAGCUGUGGCUUCCUGCUGUGUAAGGGCCUGGUGUCUCGCAUGGACCUGGCCUCUGUCCACCUGGGCUCCAGCCCCUCCAACCCCACGCGCCUCUUCUCCUUCCUCUCGCUGGCCUGGGGCUUCGUGGCUGACGUGGAUGUUGAGAGUGAGAAGUACCGCCACGUGGGCGCCGCCCGCUUCACCAUGGGCACAUUGGUCAGGUUGGCAUCAUUGAGGGUGUAUAAGGGCCGUCUGGCAUACCUGCCGGUUGACGAGGUGGAUGGAGAGGAGGAUGGGCAAUCGCCAGUCUCGUUGGAGAUGACAAGCACGUCACCUCAACACCAACGGCCAUCGUCUGCAUUCUGCUCCUCCACCCUCCUCUGCCAACCUUUGAAGGACUCGCCGCGCCAGAACACAGCCCACCUCACCUUCCACAACUCCCGUAACUCAAACAACGCCUUCAAGGCGAAGAAGAGGGAACCCAUGUCCGCAAAUGCCACCCUAACAGGCCCGCCAGACUCUCUCCUGGUGCCCCUGGACCAGCCGGUGCCCAGCGACUGGGUGGUGGUGCCCGAGGAGGACUUUGUCCUCAUGCUGGCCAUGUACCAGUCUCACCUGGCAAAGGACCUGUAUGCCGCGCCCGACUCUACACUUGAUGACGGCCUCAUCCACCUGAUAUACGUCCGAGCAGGCAUAUCGCGCACGGCCCUGCUCCGUCUCUUCCUGGCCAUGGAGAAGGGCACCCACCUGGCCAACAACAGCCCCCACCUGGUGUACACCCGGGUGCGGGCGCUGCGGCUGGAGCCCUACUCGUCAAAAGGGGUGAUCACGGUGGAUGGGGAGGUGGUGGAGUAUGGGCCGGUCCAGGCCCAGGUACACGGUGGGAUAGCCAGGCUCAUCACUAGAUGAUAAACAAGAUCCAUUGGAUGGAUAGCUAGCGUUAGCAUGUUAUGCUAAUAGAUAUGCUAUGCUAAAAGCUAACAUUAGUUAGCAUUUUCUGGACGAUGCUAUGCUAACAAUUAGCAUUAGCAUUUUCUGCUCACAUCUAAAGGGGAGGUGGGAUUAAUGGACUUUGUAGUCUUCUCUGAAUUUCUGCUUUGAAUUGGAAGUGCCACAAAGGAGUAGCAAGGCUAGAACACAAAAAGUUCACAAUGGGUGGGUACGUUUUAUUUCUAGAGUCCAAUGACCUCAAUCUCCCAUUCUCCCCAUUAAUUAGCAUUUAAACUGUUCUAAAAUGGAUUCCCACUAUCACAAAGCAACUGGCCUUUAAUUGGCUGUUGCAAGCUACGACAUGGAUAGAUUACUAGAACCGAGGUGAGAGAUCGAUCAAGAGCUCUUCUGUCUUACUCCAUAAGCAUAAGUCAUGAAAUAUGAAUAUUUUCACCCCACUGCAAAUCCCACCACCAUACCCACCCACACAUACAAACAUUCUCCUUACCAGGGGUCCAUAUGAUGUAGUGUCAGUCACCCACCCUGUCCCUCACAGACCCUGGGCAUGCUUUAUGUCUAUGGGAGGGCAUUGCAACUUCCAUUUUCUUUCUUAUGCAACGAAUGGGGUAUGGAUAGAUGCCUUCACUCCUCUCUUCCGCUGUGACGUGGACAUAUGGAAGAUCCAUACAAUCUCCGGGAGCCAGCAUUGACAUAAUUAAAAAAACAACUCAUUUGAACCCAAGUAACACAAGGGGACAGUUGCGCCGAUGCCGAAAUCAACCCUCAACCAUUGACGCUCAAUUACCAUAGUUGUUUUUGAUUACCUUGAAGCUUGAGUCUUGAGGGUCAGUAGUUUAUCCUAAGGCCUAGACCCUGGACUACUUGAAGACCGGUUUUGGAUUUGAAAAGAUUGGAGUUUAUUUUGGAUUAGGCAUUGUUGUGAUUAGCUGAAAACGCACCAUACUUCCAUGACUUCUUCAACCAGCCACCUUACAUUGACAUGCAAACAAGUAUACUAAAGAAGACACAUCUUCACGUAAUUUGACAUGUGCUCAUUUUAUACCUCAUAUUUCCAUGACCCGCUAGCUUUAAAAUGGCCUAGAGUGAGAGCCUGUUUAUUGUGUUGUGGCCUGUCCUGCAAAGGAAGGCAUGCAGCACAAGUCCAGGUUACGUGACUUUGUGCCUGUAUCGGGACUCCAACUGCAGUCUUUCCCCACACCCCUCCCCCAUCCAUCCUUCUCUUCCAUCCAAUUCAACCAUCCCCUCCUCCUCCCUUUCUCGACACUGCAGUGCACCACAGGGUAGUCCGUCGCUUUUGUCUGCCUGCAGCUACAGCGGACACACCAACAGUACACUACACGCACAUAUACGGUACAGACCCCUUCCCCUUCUCGGCCGUCAUCACCUUUAUCAUAAAGCUUUAAAACACACACAGAAGAUCAACUAUGAAAUGACAAGAGCAACCAAAGGCUAAUGUGACGCUAAUACAGUAGCUAGCCUGAGUUUACGCUCGUCAUAGCCCUCUUCUGUACUGAUUCUGAACUCUCGGAAGGAGGGCGAUUUAUUCUGCCUUAAACACAAAAGGAAGACGGGGCGCUUGAUUAAACAGCACAUUGGUCAGGGGAUGGUAAAGAGGGAGGGAUGAGGGAGAGUAUGGACUUGUUAAAUGCUGCCUGAGGGACCAGCAUUGUGUGCGAUGCAUCCCAAAUGGCACCCUUUUCUCUAUGAAGUGCACUACUUUUGAACAGGGCCCAUUUGGACACAACCCUUCUCCACAGAUAAACAUGAUGUUCAUUCUCCACAGCAGUGUAACAUAAGGUUCUGACUGACACUGUGAAAGAAAGAUGUUUAUGUUCAUCUUGUUCGCCUUAGGGGAUGAUAAGAGGUUAUGGAACUUGGGGAUACCCUGAGAGAAUGUUAUUGGGCCUCGAUUUAUAUUUUUUAGAGCCACAAAGUGCCCCUGAUAUGACUGAGUGCACAUUUGGGCCGCAAGGUUUUACCAAAAUGCAAAAAUGUCCAUUUCAUGUUGUGAUAUUGUGUAUUGACUGUCUUUGUUGUAAACCUGUCGUCAGGCCAGACUAAAUAAUUAUACAUGGGGGAAGACCAAAAUGACAUGUGAUUUUAGCUGCGGUGCAUGCAAAAGAAAGCACCUUGCAUUGAUGUUUAACUCUGCUUUUAACCCUGUCAGGGGCAUGAGCUCAUCUGGUGUUCCUCCCCCUACUGCUUGCUAUUUUAGAGCAGCAGCACAUGCCUUUCCAAUCCUUACCUUGGUCGUGUUCCCAUGCUCAGACGUUGACUGACAAAUUGCUAGUAUAACAUUUGUGGUUAGCUGAUACAUAUCUAGGAGUUGUAAGCUCUGGCAGGUGUCGGCAACACCUGGGCAGAGGAACAUGCCCCAUAGCAUGCUGGGAAUCAAUGAGUCAUGAAGCAUUAUGAUGGGGAAAUGGAGGUGAAAAUAUCAAAACGCACAUGACAUCAGUCUCUUUCUGUUCCUCCAUGAGAUCAAUUGUUCAGACUCCAUUGAUUGUCACAGGAAUUUUCUGCUUCGCUCAGGCUUGAAACAUGCUCCAAAAAAAUCAAUUUCUUUAAGCUAGCUUGGGCCAUGAGAUUUUCCUGACCACUUCACUUGACUAAAACUCUGGGCCCGACUCACAGCCUAUGCAAAGUCUGCCUGCCUUGCUGGUGAUGCAGUCCCUGGCGCUUUCUCAAUUGUAACAAUUCUUACCCUCUUCAUUUUCUCUGCUUGUUUGCACUGAUUAGAAAAUAUUUGGCAGGUGAAAAUAUGGUGGAAGCUCAUCAGUAGGCUGGCAGGCUUUCACCUGCUCAAUUCUUUCAGAUCAGCGCAAUGCAGGAAAGGAAACAAGGACAGAUUUCAGACGAUUGAGAAAGAGCCCCUGAAACUGUUUGGUGUGCCUUGAACAUGUUGCCCUUUAGUUGUGGGAAGAGGGGUGUGUACUGUUGUGACGCUUAGAAGAUUUGGCAUAGAACCCUGAUACCGGUCCUAUUCGUCUUCAAUAUUUAAAAUUUAUGAAGAAACGGACCAACUCCAGUAACCCAUUUCCAGUUGAAUUGAGCACUUGCUUAAGAACGGAAAAGGAGGUUUGAUGAAGCUUAAUGUCCCAGUUUGUGAAAACGCCGGCCAAGGCCCUAAUAUACUCCGUUGUUGACACUUGAAGGUGUAUAGCUAAAUAAAUUCAGUCAGGUACUAUCCCAAAAAUAUUGGGAGUCUUACUACUGCUGCUUGACUGUUGUCUUAUUGACAGUGUUUUUCAGGUGUAUUUGGUGAAGGGAUAGUAACUGUUCUUUUUACAAAAUCUUGAUUGAUAUUCUUUACUUAAGUUGAAUAAAGAGCUCUAUUUUUCCACUUGGCAAAAUGUUGAAUCAAAUAAAGUGAAAACCAAAACAUUUGACUUGUUUCUUUUGAAUAUAAACAAGAUUAAGUUGCUGUUUUGUCCUUUGAGUGAGGUCAACUGAAAACACAACUCUACUGUACAACCAAAUUCAAUCCACCACAAGCGACAACUUGUAACCAUGGUACUGCUUGCAAAGUUUAAUACAUCACUUUAAAAACAAGUCUUCAAACUUAAUGAAAGGAACUGUAAAAAAUGACAAAUCAAGAAAGAAAAACCUGCAAAUGUAUACUUAUGUCCCAAGCGUUCUCAUGACCACUUACAGAGCUCAAGUUUGUUAAAUAUAUGCAUUUAUAGUAUAGUCAUGACUUCUGUACAGAGGGAUCAGGCUAAAAAUCAUAAGAUUAUUAGUUUACCAAUACAGGCCACUGUGGAAAUGUUCACAUCGUACAGUCAAGUCUUGUGUCCGUUCAAGGCUUAAAGCAACAUGUUACAUGCUUUGGCUGGAAAUCUCUCGCAGUAAUGAAUACGUCUGAAUAUAAACAUACACAGAAAAUUGUACAUAACUUCAUGUGCUUGAAAUCCUUCAUGUUUUUUCUCGAGACCUGGCUUCACAUUUUUUUUUCUGUUUUUGCAAUAGUGGAGAAACAAGUGCAUGAGCGAGAGAGAGAUCUAUGGUUGCAAACACAGGAGAAGGUUGGCGGGAACCAACCAAGGCUGCUACGCUACAAGGACUGCAGCCUAAAAUGGGGAAGCAAAAGGAACAUCCUUCUUACUGUACAGGAAGCAAAAUAAAAAAAAAGUCGAGGAAGAGAAGCAAUGAUGAUUGCCAUGCAUGGUACAGGAUUUUAAAUAUCUUUUUUUUUAAGGUGGAAGGAGAAAAAUAAUAAAUAAAAAAAUCCCAUUCACCUAUUAUUUUCUUCUUUACAAUAAUCCGUUUGUCUCACGCUUUGCACUCAAUCAUUUACAGAUGGCAUUUUGUACUGUUUCACACACUCAUAAACACUAAGCAUUUAGCGUCUUUGUUCAAGCAAAAAGACGAGCCAACGCCCUCGUUUUCAGUUCACCGGUAAGCACAAGGGGAAUGGACCAACAGAAUAUCUGGCAAAAAACAAGAGCAUAAUAUAUUUCAGAUGGAUGUCAUGGAUGUAAACAACGACGGUUCAAAUAACCAAGGAAGCACUAUCAGAACUAGCCCAGUUCCAGAUCUGUUUGUGCAUUCUUGCCAACUCGGCAAAGACCGCACAAACAGAUUUGGGACCAGGCUAUAUAAGAACCAGAUGGCGUUAAAUCGCUGCACUUUCUUUCACAGUACUCCUUUUAACACUUUAUCCUAAAUCUGUUUGUGCUUUAAAAUCAACUACUAGAGGAGUUGGUCAAAGAACAUACAGGUCUGGGACCAGGCUUCUUUCAUUCUUCGGCGAACACAAUGAAUGGAAACACUGACCCCUGGUGGCCAUACAGAGAAAAGUUCCCUGUGUUAAUAAAUAGAACACUUGACCAUUUUUCAAGCAAGUAUAAACAAACCGGCAAUAAUUUAAAGAAACAUAAAAGUAAUAUCACAAAGUACAAGCAUGACUAUGCCAGAGGCCAUGUUGUCAAAAGUGCAUCAUUCACCCUUUGAACUGGGGAAAUGAAAGAACGGGAUACCACUCCAAUCUUGGGGACAAACAGUGACACUCCAUCAUGCUCAAGGCAAAGGGCAAGAACAAAACCAAAUACAAGCUCCUCAAAACCUUCUGCAUCCACACUCAAUCUCUGUUUACAAACUCCAAUCAAUCUCCAUCCCCAAACAAACCGCAGUUGAGAGUAACACUGGAAUACAGAGGCUGAAGCUGUGUAACUUGACCAUUCAACUUGUGGGCUGAAGUUGCCAUUGUCAAAGCAGAUCUGGGAUCAGUUAUUUUGUUUCAUUUAUUAUUCGUUUUAUACAUUUUUCCUACCUCCGAAUUGUUAAAUUAAGCACAAGUCCAGGGAAAGCCGACCCCAGAUCUGAUGUUAGAGGGCCAACCUCAGAACACUGGAAUGGGGUGAAUGUAGUGGGUAUCAGGCGGGGGUUUACAAGCAGCUCUGUACAUAGGGUCUGAUAAUAUACUAAGAAGAACAAUUCAAGUAAGGCAACAUGUUGAGAUGAGAUAAGACUCAUUUAGUGAUGGAAUGGAUAGCGUUUUUUAAAACUCGUGUCAAGUUCACGGUUGUGGCUCCCGCUUCUAGUAGUAGCCCAAUGAGUGAGCAGAAGAGAGGAUUGUGGGAUAGCUCUGGAGGACCAUUGUGAACGACCAGCCUUUAAGUGACUCUAAAGGGUCAAUGACAGCUGCAAGGAAGGAAAAACAUCACUACCUUGAACAUGGAGAAGGUUAAGACAACGUAAUAAUUCCACGGAGAAGCGGUAGAAAAUAAAAACGUUCAUCGGACCAGCGCCAGACAGAAAAUGAACGGAAGUGAAUGUCAGCAGUACAGAAAGUUAGCCAUCAAGGUGGGAAAUAAAAACACAACCGUUGUGAAUUUCAGCUAACUACUCAACACACAGGAUAAUUGUUUUACUGUCAUUCUAUUCAUUUAAACUUUUUUUCAAAUGAUCUACAGUCACUUCACUUCAUUUCCUGACGGCUGGUCACGUUUUCAAUGCCAAUCCUGUCGAAUCAGCAACUGCACUGGUCCAAUGAAUGUGUUUAUUUUCAAACGUGGUUCUUAAACUGGGUAUUUUCAACCUAGCCUGGAUCCCUUGUAGAAGGAAAAAAAAAACAUGUCAAGUUGAGUCUUAAGAGCGACAUGGGUGACAUAACUAAAAAAAAAGUCUGUACAGUGUCAGAAAGUUAUCAAGUCUUAGAAUGGAAACUUUCUACAGUCAAAGAUAUUAAAGAGCUCAUUUGACCUCACCUAGAGGUAAGGUCAUAUAGUUCUGUGUCACUCCUCUAUUCUAGAGCCAAGUCUCUCCUCAGGGUAUAUACCAUAGGGCCUAAUAGUGUAUACAACAUCCAGAAGUAGUGAUUAGUAUGUAAACUUGUCACUCAAGUGUUUCUGCAACGGUAUGUUUUGGUGCGAGCGAUUGGCAAGGAAACCAACAAGGACAUAGCAGAGUGAAGCGGUUGUAGGUGGGCAGUUAAUAACAUUCAGAUUGGGGGUGUGUCUCUAAAGUCGAGAAAGAGCGAGAGGAGAAGGGCAAAAAGCAAACAACCAGCAACAUCCACAUUAAAAAGAAACUCAAUACGUCAGCAUGUCAAAAGGUGCCCAGACCUGCCGAGAUUGUCUGUUGAUUGGAGAGUGCAGGGUGGUAACAGGGCACAGGAGCAGUGCUAAGGGUUGCCGCCAGGGUUAAAGGAGCCAGGCAUACUGGGAAAUGUAGUUCAGAGAAAACCCAGCUGUGAGAAUCUGUCCAGGUUGACCCUGCAGAUUCCAGGACGCCAUGGCUACUGUAACAGUCUCCGUUUAGUUUAGAUCCAAUUGACACGGCGGAGUAAUAUUUUAAUUUGUGCUAAGAAAUUGAAUUUGUGGCGGCAAUUCACAAA